AUGCCUGGGCCAGGACACCAAUAUAAUCCAUUUUCGAAGCGGGAGACGUAUAGCAAGAAUGCCAUUACUGCAUAUCGAGUCCUGACUCCCAUCUCUUGGCUGUUGGUGGUUGUUUUUGGAAUUUUCUACUCCAUCCACAGGCCAGACGAUGUACCCAACGGCUUCACUGUGUGGGAGCAAACACACCGAAACCCUACUCCGUUCUCACAGAGCAGUGUCGUGACAGGUGUUUUCUGGAUCAUCUUACUUAUUUCCCAGCUUGGAUACAUCGCCAACUUGUUCUCUUCAAACCCCGCAAAAGUAACAAGCGCGGCAAAUGUUGCCGGCUUUUAUAUCCUCAACAAUCUCUUUGUUCUUGCCUUCGUCCUUCUCUGGGUCCGAUCUAAGUUCUGGGGCGCAGAGAUCAUUGAUAUCGCAAAUUUGAUCAGUCAAGGCAUUGUGUACUGGAAACAUCAUGAUCUGCCCCUUGACAUUCAUCUUCCCGCAGUGGCUGGUCCGUAUGCGUGGACUCUGUCAACGCUCUUCUGGAACGGAGCUGUUGCAGUCGGAGGAGACAAUACCCCCAAGAGGAUCGUUGCUAAUGUGUUCAUCUGGGUCAUGUUUGUUUUUGGCCAGGGCCACAUCGCGCGUAGGGGUGAUUUUGCCUAUGGAUACUCCUUGAGCUUGUUGACGCUAUCCCUGGCUCUCAAGCAGUUCUCCCUCAAAAUCAUCUCACUUCAGUGGAUCUUCGCGUUUGUGAUCUUCGGUGUUUUCUUCGUCACCUCACUCUCUGCCUCUGUGGCCAAAUACCACAAUAGAGACUUCUUCUUCCGUAGCUUUGCUGAGCCAGUUGACUCUACUGAUCGCGAACGCCAGCCACUGCUCAGCGAGUGA